AUACAUUUCCUGGCGUACAAUCUCUAUUCUUAAUAAAAAAUCAAACACGAAGUGGAAUGCAAAGCGGUUAAUUAAUAAUAAAUUUGAGUAAAAUAUAAUUAAUCAGCUAUGGCUUCCUUACAAUUUGUCUUACAACCACUCCCUGGAUCAGAUGAACAAUUUAUUGAAAGACUUCGUGAAGUCUCCGACAAGGUAAAUAAGUUUGGAUUUGGUACACAUCGAAUAUUUGAGCAGCUUAAGAUCCCAGUUAAAGAAGUGGUAAUAGGGCCUAAUCAUAUCGGUGUUCUUUUGGAAGAUGGUAAAGCCUUUCGUGUUGCCUUCUCGAUAAAUUCUGAACGCUUAGAUUUAAGCAAAUCUGAUUCUUCAAAAACCAGUGGGAAUAAUUCAACGAAUGCUUCCAAUCCUUCGAAAACGACGGCGCAAUCAACAUCCCGCCAAUUGGCACGUUCUCGCGCACGUUUGAUGCGAACAAGUGGCCGCUCAAGUUCAGGGGGCCAGAGUUCAGGUUCAAGAAGCACAGGUGUGAUUAUAGGUGGUAGUUCAUCUAGUCGACCUUUGGUUACAGUACCAGCAACGUACGUGCCGGAAGAACUUAUUUCACAAGCUGAGGUAGUGCUGCAAGGCAAGAGUCGAAGCCUUAUUAUAAGAGAAUUACAGCGUACAAACUUAGAUGUUAAUUUGGCCGUAAAUAACCUGCUCUCUCGAGACGACGAGGACGCUGAGGAUACUGAGGAGGGAGGUGAUAAUUACGUUCCGGAGGAUUUAAUAUCACUUUUGGACAACGGCUUCCAUGGAGAUAACAAUAGUGUAAUAAUUGAUCCUUCGGAUGGUCUUUUUACAGAAGAAAUCUUUAGCAAUUACUCUAGCAUAAGAAACUUACUGUUUGAUCGCAUACGUAGUGAACGUAACCAAUCGAACUCAGGUGCGUCUGAAAGUAAUCAGGCAAGACCUUCCGCUUCCGGAAGUAACACAUUAACUGGAGCGAAUAGUUUGUCGGCACAAAUCUCUUCAGUUAGUGCUGAACGUGAAGCGUUUAGCAGGUGGAGAGAUCGCCAAUAUUAUGUGCCUAGACGUUGGCCAAAUAUAGACGAUUAUGUUUGGGAUAAAGAAGGAGAUUCAAAGAAAAAGGAUCCUUUAACGAUGAGUUCUCCAAUUUGGAUUUCUGAAGAAUUGCAGCCGUGGCAUGAUAAAAGUAAUUCAUUACGUUUUCAAAAGAUCGCUGCCCUUUACUCUGAAUUUGUAGCUAUUUCUGAAGCAGGUGACUUGCACCAAUGGAAAUGGACGGAAAUGGAACCUUACAAAUCGGAGGUUGAAAAUAUAUACCAUCCCAAGACAUUGCCUUUAAACAUAACAGAAAAAGUGGAGGAUAUUUCGGCCAAUUUUAUACGAUGCUCUGUGGUAACAGAAAGUGACCGAGUAGCAACUUGGAUGGACGAACAAUUGGGAUACAUUGGCACUAAACUUGAACAUGCGUCUAUUUUAUUUAGCGAAUUUAUUAUGGACCCAAUCGCAUCUGUAAACGUUUGCUCGCUCUACACAGCCGUUCGCACCGAAAACAAUAACGUUUAUUGGUGGGGUGUUCUACCCUUCGAUCAGCGCCGUUGUUUAUGGGAUAAAUAUAGAACGAAAGCGAAAAAGCCAUUAAAGGCAAUGACUACGGAUAUCGUUGUCGGUACGCAAGUAAUAAUGAAAAAAUGCCCCAAGUAUCAAACAGGCUCAAUAGGAUUUACAUGCGCUAACGGUGUACCAAAAGUAGGACAGCUUUUAAAUUCCGUCUGGGAUUCAAAUGACGUCUGCAGAUUUAAGAUUCUCAAUGUAACAGCCACUGGUUUUGGAGAUAAAGUUCAAUUAGUUGGUUCAAGUGGAACUGUGGUUAAUUCAGGUUGCGCUGUUGAUAAAGAAAUUACGAAGGUGGCAAAUGUUGGAAGUCUUCAGAACUCGACAAAUACUAAGGCAACCACAUCUAAUAAGGAGACAACUGACAGAAUUGAUAUGCCACCGCCGCCUUCGCCAGCAUCAAGUACAUGCAGUGAUACUGGCAGCGUAACUUCACAUAAAAGAACUAAACGCAUGGCGACCAAAGACGACCCAUCCGAUAACAAAAAGGAUGAAGAGACGUGGCAACUGAAGGAUGUGGUUUUCGUCGAAGAUAAAAUAGGUCCAAUCGGAAGAGUUCUUAAAGUUGAUGGUGAUUUUGUGGCGGUACGUUUUCCUGCGUCUUCUACUGUUCCUUCAGCAGCUGUAGGCAGUGGCAGUGGUGGAGAGGGAAAAGAAGAUGACUGGCAGCAAUGUCGAUUAUUGCGUCGCGAGGACGUCCAAGUAUACAAAACCGCGAUGACUUCGCGCGGUCCCGAUUGGUUGCAGAAAUUACCUAAAAAGAUUAACAUCAGUCACGGUAGCGAUCCAUCUGCAUUCCAGUUACUUUCACUGGCAGUAGAUUUACGUGGCAUACAUGUAAUAAAAAAAGUUGGUCCUAAACUCCAUUAUAGCCUUUAUAACCUAUACAACAGCAAGCAAGAGCAAAAUUGCCAAUUUCCUACAGAUAGUGCCUCCUUCAUUGGCUCUUGCGCGAAUAACAUCACUAUGGUUUGUAAUAAUGAUUGCAAUGGUAAUACAAGCACAAUAGUACUGCGUGAUGGAAAUAGGGCGCUCUACCCAAUGGCAAAAGAUUGUGCUGGAUCCAUUAAGGAUCCUCAGUGGUUCGACCUGCCUCCUGUUAAGGCUGUAGCAAUGACAACAAUCUCUUUGGGUAUGGCAAGCAGCAACAAUCAGAAGUCGAAAGUUUGCAUGACUGCGCUGUUAUUUGAGACCCAGACGCUUUUGCCGCAUAUUCUCCGCUGCGAUGUGAAAAAUGCAUUUGCAACUUUAAAUCGUCUGGAAAAAGCGGAUCGAAAUGAAAUAUCAGCCGUAGUGGAAGAGCAUUGUGAUGGGGCACGAAACAUGUUCCAUGCUUGUGUUAUAAUGUGUUCUCCUAAUACUAACAAGGACGCGGACGAUAAGAAGAUUACCACUGUAUCCACAGUUACAUCACGCAUACUCCCAGCACCAUCCACAUCAGUUUUUACUACAAGCGGAAGUGUACCUGCCGUAAUUGAAAACUCUUCGGGGGGAUCUGCAACGACAAACGCAACAAACUCAUCCGUUUUUCCGGGAGUUUCAGCUGCUAUGGCUAUAUCCGGUUCUUCAACAAUCCGCGAGGGCCGCACAGUCAGCCUCCGUGAAUUGAAUCGCUUGAUGAAUUCGGAAUUGGAGCAUUCAGUUGGUGCUAACAAUGCUGUCUUAAGUGGCGCUAACAACACUGAAGAGGGUAUGUAUAUGGCCCCAUGGGCAAUGGACACAAGUGCUAAUACUACUCCUGCGAACUUGAGUGACGUUGUAAUGAGUAAUAGCACUGAUGAUGAAAUAUCAAAACCGAACACUAACUGCCCGAGUUCAUUAAAAAUUUGCGCGCCUAACUAUGUAUUCGAUCCAAUUCAACGCCGUGAGCACGCGACAUUAAUACUACAACAAUUGUGCUCAAGUUUAUCAUUGCGACCAUUUCUUUAUCAGUUACUUAGUACGAAGGAUGCCCAGGGACAAACUCCAUUCAUGUUGGCUGUAUAUAGUAGAGCCUACGAAGCAGGUUUAAUACUGCUGAAAACAAUAUUAGCGCUUUCGGACAAAGAUCCCACUCUGAAAGAUACGAUGAUAUUUCCCGUUGGUUCGCCUCCAGAUCAGUCGCCGUUGCACGUUAUAUGUUAUAAUGAUACGUGUUCCUUUACUUGGACUGGUGCUGAUCACAUAAAUCAAAACAUAUUUGAAUGCAAGACAUGCGGUUUAACUGACUCGUUAUGUUGUUGUACGGAAUGUGCUCGCGUUUGUCAUAAGGGGCACGAUUGCAAACUAAAACGUACUUCUCCAACGGCUUAUUGCGAUUGUUGGGAAAAGUGCAAAUGUAAGGCUCUAAUCGCCGGUAACCAAACUAAACGAUUUUCUUUGUUAAGUAAGCUUGCAUCGUGCACAGAUUUGGUUACUAAAUUUAACUCGAAAGGCGAAUCGAUAUUGCUGUUUCUAAUUCAAACAGUCGGACGGCAGGCGGUUGAACAGCGUCAAUAUAGAGCAAAUGCUCGAAUGCGUAAUGUAGCUGGAGGUGCUGGUGGCUCAGGCGGCAGUGGUGCAUCAACACGAAAAUCAUCUUCUAUUGACAUGGAUGUGAACAUGCCCGAUCAUGAUUUAGAACCGCCAAAGUUUGCACGGCGUGCAUUGGAGCGCCUCUUAAUUGAUUGGCAUGCUGUACGCUCAAUGAUAAUGACUGGUGCAGAUAAAUGCGAAAGUACACCACAACAACCGCCGAACUCCACGGAUAACUCUGGUGCCGAAAACUAUAACAUUUAUUUAAGAAAUCAGCAUGGCUCGACCUUACUUGAUAAGUUUACUCACAAUCUGUUUGUGAAAUGCUCAACCGACCAUUUAGAUACAUUGCUUGUAACUCUGGUACGGGAAAUGCAAAACGACACUGUACCAGGCCGCAUGGAGGAUGCUGAGGCAGUUGCUCGCCGGUUCGUGCGAUCGGUAGCAAGAGUCUUUGUUAUUUUUAAUUUGGAAAAAUUUCCGAAUCCCGAGCGGCGUAGAUCUCUGACAAUGCCUCAUAAGCACAUCCAAAGCUGUAUAAAAGUAUUUCAGACGUUACAUAAAAUUGCUAUUCAAGAACUUUGCGAAGUAACUGAAGCUUUAAUAGCUCCCGUAAGAUUGGGUGUUGUACGGCCAACGGCUCCUUUUAUGGCUUCAUCUAACAUUGAGAAUUCCGACGAUUUAUUCAGCGUAGAGCCCUUAGCGCCGUCGUUAGCCACGGAAACUGCUAUCGAAACGUCUUCAGUAAACGAAGCAGUGAAUGACUCUACAUCGGCGUUUAAUUUCCAGUCAAAUUAUGGAAUAGAUGGAAUAGCCUUGCGACAUGCGUCUGAAAGUGAGGAGCCUCCAAAUCGGGAGACGGGUACACACAAUCAGGAUGAAGAUCUCUUGGAAACCAGUCGAAACGAGGAAGGUAUUCAGGAUGAUGAAAGCGAUAAUGAAUACACAUUUAAUGAGCCUGAAACCGAAUCCGAUUCCGAUGACAAUCAGAGCAAUCAGGAUGCACAAAGGAGUGUGCAAACUGGGGCAACAGUUGGAUCUGAAACAGAUAUCGGUGCUUUGUUCCUCGAAGAUGAAUCGGGAGAUUCUUCGCCUCAGGAAGAAGAGGGCUCGGAAGAUGGGGAAACUGACGAUCACGAUGAUGACGAAUUUAAUUUUGCGGAUCAUCAGUUGGAGCGCCGUAAUACAAACUCAAAUAAUCGUAGCGAUUUAGCGCCUCAGUCAAUGCAAUGGGCCAUACGUAGCCGCGACACUGCACGAUCGACUGUACGCGUGCCGGCUGGUUCCAGUUUAAUAUUUAUAGAUCCAAUGGCGUUACGGCGAUCGACGGUGCCAGCAAGUACAACCGUAGCUGCUCCGCCUCAAGAACAUCAUACCAUGGCGACAACAUCAAGUAAUUUGGCCCGAGGCUUUGGAAUAAUUGUUCGGCAGAUUUCAGAACUUUUAAGCAAUUUGUUUUAUAAUGUUACGAAUGAUAUUGAGACAUCUCUAAAAAUUAAACCUGAAGUUGCCAAUGAAUUACAGGCAUACGUUGAAAAGUGCUUCAAACCUACUUGGGAUUGGAUGUUUUCAAUAAUGGAUAGUACUGAAGCUCAACUAAAAUUUGGUGCCUACUUAACAAACUACACAGACCCUGCCCAUCCGCUACAUCCGCUUAAUUUAACAGCGCAAAACAAUCCAAAUCAAACAAACAAUGGAGGAAAUUCCUCAGUCGGAAUGAAUAUUCUGGGUUCUUCGUCUCGGCGAGAUUUUUUUACUUAUUGCUUAUCUUUAAUGCGCGCUCACACCUCAGAACACCGUGAUGCUUUACCCGUUUUGGAUAUUACAGCUCAACGUCAUAUUGCUUUCGUUUUAGAUGGUUUUAUCUAUUACAUGCGUAACGAUUCAAAUUUCUAUGAAAAAAAUAUCGGCGUCUCAAACAGUACCCUUAACGCAAAUGAGAACGAUGACACCGAUGAUGAAAUUUCCAACAUAGCCGGUGACGAUGCUUAUACCGAUCUUGUUGGUAGUGGAAUUCCAUUGAACGCUUCAUCAUCAAAUACCACGCGACGUCAUUCAUUUUUUACACGUUCAGAUUCCACCCUUAGCCUAGGGUGUUUAGCACCAGACGGUUUCGACAUGCCACUUGACGUUGCUAUACCCUUAGCAGAUAAGCCACAUCUUUUGCAACCGAAUUCUAAGCGACAGGAUCUUUUCGCAAAUCUCCCUCUGAUAGUAUCGCCCAGAGAACAUAACGUCGAGAGCAAUUUGUCCACUAGUUUUUUGGAUUUCCCUCCUACGAAAUUAGGUUUUUCUAAUUAUUCAAUUACUUUGGCAGACCAAGAUAAAUUCUCUCCUUCAGAAGAACCAACAACAUCAAAUAAAGUGGAUGAGAAAACAUCCGAACGUUUAACUAAGAAUUCAAAUCCUUCCUCAUCGAAUAUUUCCGUGAAUAUGGAUUUGAAUGCGGAAAGUGACUCAGGUGGUAACGUAUAUGUGCAGUUAAAAAAAAAGCAGUAUGCUGAAGAAGCGAAAACAUCCGAAUCAUCUGAAAAAUGUGAUGAUCGCGAGGCGAUGGAUGUUGAGAAUGACGCUUCUGAGAAAUUGAUCAAUUCCAAUGGAAACGAUCAAACUAAUGUCAUGACGACUCGACCAGAUGUUAUAGUAACACCUAAUAAAAAUAUUCGAAAUAAUGAAUCGGAUAUGAUGCAGCAGACCGAAGCAAGCACAUCUUCGUCAGUAGUGCGAAGUGUUAUUGUCCGAGCAAGCGGUUGCGCAGCAAAAAGUGUGAACGAAAAUGUGGCCGAAUCGCAAAAGUUCGUCACUACGUCGGCAUCGGUUGACGAGAGUAAAAACGUAAAUGGACAACCCAAAGUGAAUCCAUUUAUAUUUCCGGUUCGUGGCCAACAUUUAUGCCAAAAAUUUUCGUCUGAUUCGACACCUUCAUGGAAUUUUCUCCUGGGUCGUUGGAAAUUAACACUCGAUUUAUUUGGUCGUGUUUUUAUGGACGACGUGGGAAUGGAGCAUGGAUCUGUUUUGCCGGAAUUACGGGGAUUUCCCGUUAAAGAAAUGCGCUUCAGACGGCAUAUGGAGAAAUUGCGCAACGGCCAACAACGUGAUUUAAUUCUAUGCAAACUAGAACGUAAUCGCGACUGUUUAAUAAUUCAAACAUUUAAAGAAUUGAACACACAAUUUGGGAACCAAAAUCGCCGAGUACAUCCGCCGUUAACGUUCAAUCGAGUGAAAGUAACUUUUAAAGAUGAACCUGGUGAAGGCUCGGGUGUUGCUCGUAGUUUUUACACAUCGAUAUCGGAGGCACUUUUAGCAACUUCCAAGAUGCCAAACUUAGAAACUGCGCAAGUGGGAAACAGCAAUAAUAGUAAAUACGGUGUACCCUUCUCAAGUAUUCUAAGAAAUCGUGGAGCAUCGGGUCGCGAUCCACCUACACUACAGAGACGUGGAACAAGCAGUAAAAUCCUUUGGCGUACAGCGCGAGAAAGAAAAUCUUUAAACUAUGACGCGAGGCCGUACAUACCUGUUACAACAAACACAGAUAAUUCAAACGAUAAUCCAAACGAACAUCUAACAAUGCAUUUGCAGCAACUGGGAGAACGUUUACAUUCGAAAAUAUAUUCAAUGAGUCCGCCGCAUGCAUCGAAAAUAACUGGAAUGCUCCUAGAAAUUCCGACUCCACAUCUAUUAUCAAUUCUAUCCUCGGAAGAUAUGCUAAGGCAGAAAGUUAACGAGGCCUUGGAUAUCAUAAAACAAAAAACCGACGCAUGCAGUCCCUCGUCGUCUCAAUCGAAAAAGAUGAGCCCAGUUGUUAUGUUAGAGCAGUGUCACGUUGAAGAUAACGAGCCAUUAUUCUAUAUGCCUGGCAAGAGAGGCUUUUACACGCCACGCCAGGGAUACGGCUCAUUAGAGCGCAUAAAUGCUUUUAGGAAUAUUGGAAGAUUAAUUGGACUUUGCCUUCUGCAAAACGAGCUGUUACCUCUGUUUCUUCAAAGACAUGUCCUUAAAUAUAUACUUGGGCGCAAAAUUAAAUUUCAUGAUCUAGCCUUCUUCGACCCCACAAUUUACGAAUCGUUUAGACAACUUAUUCAAAAUUCACAAACGGUGGAAGGUGAAGAUGCUAUCAGCCGUAUGGAAUUGUUUUUCGUCAUUGAUUUGAUGAGGGAAGAAGGAGGUGGCAGUGUUGAAUUGAUAUCUGGUGGCCGAGAAAUUCAAGUCACUUCUCAAAAUCUCUUCGAAUAUAUUAGACGCUAUACCGAAUAUAGAUUAAUUAAAGCACAAGAAAAAGCUUUAGAGGCAUUAAAGGAUGGGGUUUUCGAUGUAUUGCCCGACAAUUGUAUGCAGAAUUUGACAGCGGAAGACCUACGAUUACUUUUAAAUGGUGUUGGAGACAUUGACGUGUCAACUUUAAUAUCGUACACUACAUUCAAUGACGAAUCUAAUGAGGGGUCAGAUAAGCUGCUGAAAUUUAAGCGUUGGUUUUGGAGUAUUGUCGAAAAGAUGAACACUUUAGAGCGUCAAGAUUUGGUAUAUUUUUGGACUGGUUCACCAGCAUUGCCAGCGUCCGAGGAGGGUUUUCAACCACUUCCUUCGGUCACAAUCCGCCCAGCUGAUGACACACAUUUACCAACAGCGAACACUUGCAUCUCCCGACUUUACAUACCAUUGUACUCCAGCAAGUCAAUAUUGCGCAGUAAAUUGUUGUUGGCUAUUAAAUCCAAAAAUUUUGGUUUUGUGUAAAUUUUAAAUUACGCUUAGAAAAACUGUACGCAUUAGUAGUUAUAGCUUUUCUUUUUUUUAUUUCUCAUUUUUUUUGUCUCUCACUUUCUUUUACUAUUACAAUUUUUCCCCCUUUUGUUUCGUCUUUACCAUGGUGAUUAAAAAAAAAAAAAAAAAAAAAA